UGAGGGGCUUCGGCCUGCUUUUCCUUUCCCGCUCUUCUUGAAAUUUCGACUCGAGACACCUACACCGGAGUACUUCGGUUCUCUGUAGCCGGAGAGGAAUACGAAGCCAUGCCUGCUAUUUGCCGGGCGCGUCUGCUGUCUGAUUUGACCGGCCAGACGCCAUGCGACAAGGAAGCUACUUCCCUUGAUGGGCGACUCUGUGCUUUCCACAGCCGCCAGUGCCAGGGACUAUACCGCGGAUACAAGAGACGCAACGCGGAGCUCGACAAGCUAUCCGAGAAGCCUCCAGCCUUUUUGGCAACUUCCAGGACGUCGCUGGUAACGCAAGAUUUCGGGGGUGUUGAACACGAAACCACGCUUCGAGAGCUGCAUGAAUAUCUCUUCAGAAAGUAUAUCCUGCUCGAACGAGUCAUCAGGGCACGAAAGCUUCAUCACAGCCAUUUCUUUGCGAUUGAUCACGAUUACGGCCACGAAAAGUAUCUGACGAAGUUGCAAAAUGACAAGCAUGUCAUGGCAAGAGCACUGGAACGGCUUGGAAAGCGUGGCGCGGAAGUCAUGUACAAGAAUAAAGAAUGGCUCGAUUGGGUGAAGAAAUGCCAGGAGGAGGAGGAGACUCAGCGCGAGAAUGAGAGCAAAAAGGUCAAACUCGAGUCGCUGCUCUUCAAACGACACCAGAAGGAGAUCGAGCGUCAUCAGCGGGAGAUAAAGUCCAGGGAAAAUCAACUGCGUGAGGGAGAAUUCCUUCAAAAGGUGUACGAACAACGACUCUCCGAGAUGUCCGAGGAUGAGCAGGAUGAGUGGGACCCCGUGCAAGAUCUGUUCGGCGGCGAGAGGGCCAACUACGUUGAUCUUAUCAAGUUCUUUCUUAUGCUUAAAGACCAAGACACAUCAGAGGCAAACGCCAGUGACUCCGGUCUGCCUGUCAGCAAUGGCACCACCGAAACGGAACACCAAGAGAAAUCGCUUUCCAAGAGCGCGAAGAAGCGAGCGAAAAAGGCCAAUUCGGCGAUGAAGAAGCUAGCUGACCCUUCUCAACAAGCUGCUGACGGUAGAGGCCCUAACACCAUCGAAAUGGAGACGCGCGCACAAAUGAGGGAACGACUGCAAAAACCUGUCAAGUAUGAGCGGCCGAAAGGUUGGUACAUCGAUACCGAAAACGGGCCUAUUGGUGUUCAGUCGCAAACGCAUCCGCUCCCAGACGACGAGAUCGACCAGUUGCUCCAGGAGGUUGCCGAAGUCAAGAAUUUUCUAUUCUGCCGAUUGUUGCUCUCUCACGCAUCACUCCUUCCCUUUGCGCUCCAGGCAAACAGCAUUGAAGAUUUCCUUGCCAAUGAGAACGUCACACAGGAGCAUCUUCGAGACCUAUGUCUCAAGAUCGAACGGCCCAGGCUUCAAGACGUCCGGGAUGCUUGUGCUGACUUCAUACGCGGAGAAAAUGAGGAUGUAGAAGGGGAGGAGCUGGACAAACGCAGCGAAGAGGAAGGGGAGAAACCGCGCACAAAAUUAAUACCCAAGAAGUACGCCCUUGAAUUCAAAAGUCGUAAGAGCAUCCCGGAGAAAUAUCAAACAAAGCGCGAAAAGGCUGCGAAGAAGGAACGCACGACUCCACAACAGCUCCUCGGAGAAGACGAACGCGAUGGCGUCGUCGAUUUCGGAGAAGUCACCGAUGAGAAGGACUACAGGCGCAAACAGAUGCGGAUCAAGAUAUGCGGGCGAUACAUGUAUAACUACCCAAGCGAGAAGGCUCUGGGCCGCGCCGGUUGGUACCAUUUCUCCGUUAUCGCCAAAGACUCUAGCCUCUUCGAUGCGGUAGAGCUCUGCCGUAACUGGACCGAGUUCUUCGAGUUGAACAUCCUAUGUCUCUACCACUACUUCCCAGCUCCGAAGUGGACGCUAUUUACUGGAGACAUCUUACGACAGCAAUUGUUGCAGCUUGGCUUCAUUCCAUACUUCGCAUGCGACAAGGCAGACAAGUUUACGCAUUAUUUCCAAACAGGAUCUCGUGGCAUGGCUCGCCGAUCCCACGAGGUCUUCGAGAUGAGGAACUUCAUCUGUGCUCACAUCAAGCGUGACGACGAAAUAAGUCGCCGCUUUAUCCAGUACUUGUCGAUGGAAACCUGGGAGCUCCGCGCUCUGAUCCGGGAUCGCAAAACUGGUCGAGUGCUCAUUCAGCCACCCGAAGAUGAACUCUGGUUGGUGCGCGAGAAAAGUGGCUGGGGACGCGCCCUCAAGAAUGACUUCGAGACCGUUGCUGAAGUGGGACCGGAGUUUUUUGAGAAGAUGGACGAUAUCCGACAGUGGCACUUCAGCUUUGAAGAAUACUAUGACGUGUACAUCUGGGAUUCAAAUCCCGGCAGGUCUUACCACAUUCUACAACGAAAGAUUGAGGAGACACUUACCCGUGCGAUGCGUGUCAAGGAGCUUAAAGAUAUGUUUAGUGUCUGCGCUCCUGUUCUCAAGACAGUCACGAGAGAUGAAGAGACAGGAAGAGUCCGCACGGUCAAGGCUGGAGAAGAGAGCAUAUGGGAUACUCUAAGCAGUACCGCAAGAGCGUGGAAGUGGUCGCCUGAUACGGGUGAUCAGGACGAAGGCUUCGACGAGUCAUAUGCGUAUACCGAGGCGGACGAGCUGGAAGACGCUAUACUUUUCCCGGAGGAAGAAAGUGGAGAAUUGAAAGACAAUCUGUUCAGGGCGAAUCCAAGCAUUAUGGAAAUGUUCGAGAAGAGGCCGGCCUUGGACAUGCGUCGAUUCGCAGAAGACCUUUCAUCUGACGAGGAGCUCUCAGAUGAAGAGCCUGAUGGAGAGUCUCAUGAUGAGGCGCUCGACGAGACACUCAAUGAUGCGCUCGCUCAAGCACUCGAAGGUGCUCCUUACGAUGAUGGCGACCCAGAGUGGGAUACGGAAAACUCGUCAGACAUGGAUUCUGCCUCUUACGAUGACCACGAGUUCGUCACUGCGGAGGAAGCCGAUAUGGAUGAUGCUCUCGAGGCACUUGACAAGCGCUUCAAAACGAUGACCAUCGCUAACACUAGAGAUCCUGACUACUUUCUACCCAUUCUGCGGGAUCCCUCAUCUGCUGAGAUGAUACCCCAGAGCGUCAGGGACAAUCCUGCAGACUUGAUGGCGGCGCUCCGGCUUAGUAUGAAGAGGCAAAAGGUGUACAACAACAGCCACGACGCCCUCGAGGCGGACUUCUUUCGUCAUAUUGACAGGGAGAAAUCGAAGGUCUUCAAAAAUUGUUGGCGAAUGGGGGACCUGUCACCCAAUGCUAUCAAAAGACAGAUUGAAUGGUAUGUCAUGGUAGGCUUCAUGGACGACUUCAUCAUGGAAGAGGGCCUCAAGACGGGUCCUUUCGAACUAUGCAAGUUCAUGCGCAUGGCAUCUCACUUUACCGACGAACGUCGUAUUGUGGAUGAUGCUUUCAAGGCAUGCGCGGCCGUCGCACUGUUCUUCGAUACGGAAGCUUUCCUAGGGACAGAGCGUGGAGAGUUAUUCAAGAACUCAAAGCUCCUCGACCAGGCCGAACGAGCAAAGGAAGUGCCUGAUCGACGAACGCACAUGAGCAACAAGACCAUGCCGAAGGAAUUUUGGGCGGAUUGGGAUCGGUUGCUCAAAGACAACAAGCGCGCGAGUGGAGACGUGGUGGAUGACAUCUAUCCAAUGGAAUGGCGCAAGGCAAUCCGUCCAGUGAUCGUACGCCUGUUCAAAGCUGGCGUAAUCGCUCAGUCGUAUUGCGGCUCCGCUGCCGGCAUAGCAACGGCCAAUGCCGAACCUGAUCGUCCGAUGGAUCUCUAUAUCGACUACCGGAUCAGCAUCCCCUUGGCGAGAGUAGUCUCUCACCUCAGGGACCCUACGCCGCUCGAUCGCACCUACAUUCUAACCAAGGCUCGUAGGUUUCGCGAUCAGCAGCCUAAUGCACGCUUCUCAGCUCUUCGCAUGUGGAGCGCGCCCCACUUUUACCCCCUGAUGCUCGGAAUCGACAAACGGCCGAUGUGUUCGUUCCUCGACGACCGCGGACGCGCCUGGGAGUUCAAAUUCAUCCCCAAGGACAUGCCGUACAGCGAGUGGUCAGUCCACCAGCAGCUGUCGCUGCGCAUCGAGCCUUACAGGGAUAUUUUCGGUGAUCAGGUCAUGGUUGCCAAAGACUUGGUUCUCGUCAUGGGCAAGGACGAGAGGGACGUGAGAAGGCUGAGCGAAGGUGUGACGUGGGCGAUUCAGACGAAACCUUGGCGGCUGGAGGUGGACUUUUGGCGGAGCUUUGUCAAUGUUGACGUGCAGUUCUUGGAGAGGCUGCAUGAGAAGUGGUUGGAGUAGGGGGAUGAGGUGAUGGUCGAGAGGUGCAUGGACGUCCCCGGACGGAGGGCCGGGAGCCUGCUAUAUACGGCGUUCCAUGCUAUAGCUGGUCGAAAGGAGUUGGUGGGUGUUGGGCGCACUAUCGGAGGACGUUUCUAAGAAGUGCCCAUCUCCG